CAGCACAUUUAAAAAGGCUGGGACAUUGUCUUACUAGAAAAUAACGACAGAUACGAAGAAGGGAGACGGUCUGCGAUAACAGACAGAGAAAAGCAUCAGAAAAGAGAAUUUGAUAUAGUCAAGAGCAAAAUGACACUUGCAGUUACUGCAGUAUGCAUGGUCAGCGUGUUUUUCGCUGUUGGAGUUGUUUGUCUGCCACUGUCAGACUCCGGGCCUCAUAUAGCCAACGGAUGGGGACAGACGGUCCGGCUCAGACAUCUGUAUGCGGCCAAACACGGAUUGCAUUUGCUAAUCAACGAGAAUGGCAAUGUGCACGGAUCUCCUGAGCAGAGCUCUUACAGUUUGGUGGAAAUCCGACCUGUAGACACGGGCUGUGUCGCAAUCAAAGGAGUAGCAGCCUCGCAGUAUCUCUGCAUGGAAGGGAAUGGAAGACUGUACGCAUCGAAAACCUAUAUGAAAGAUGACUGCUCCUUCAAGGAAAACAUCCUCCCAGACGGCUACAAUAUUUAUGUCUCUGACAAGCAUGGGACCCUGGUGAGCCUGGGUGGCAGCAGGCAGAGGCUCCAGGGGCGAGACAGAGGCAUUCCUGCACUGUCCCAGUUUCUACCAAGGGUGAGCACCCUGCCCCUGGAUAUAACAACAGAUUUGGGGUUGUCAACCCACCCCGAGCAAGGCCCUCAGUCAGGCCUGGACAUAGACACUAUGGAUGCCUUUGGGAAACUUUCCCAGAUCUCAAUCCAAAGCCCCAGUUUCAAUAAGAGAUGAGCAACUGAUGGUGCAAUCUAUACUAAGAAGCUUCUACAUUUACACGGUGUCUCCAAUCUCAUAAUUCAUUUUUGGCACAUGACAUUAUACACCACUCCAAACAUACAGGCCCAAGAAGAACCGGAUUGAAAUCAAUUGUAGUAUUUAUUUCAUUAUAAUUUUUUUAAACUUUACUUUUAGCCAUAUUAUUUAAUGAAAAUACUUGAUUCAUGUAUUUUGAAAAACAAAUAUGGGGCUCUGUAUGCACUUUGUCUACAUUUUUGUAGAUGCAGUCGAAGUCGGAAGUUUACAUACACUUAUGUUGGAGUCAUUAAAACUCAUUUUUCAACCACUCCACACAUUUCUUGUUAACAAACUAUAGUUUUGGCAAGUCAGUUAGGACAUUUACUUAAGUCAUUUU